AUGAUCGGCAGGGCAAAUGCAGCUGAACCAAAAGGAGUGGUGGAUGGUGGCGUCACAAUACUGGUGCCAACCUCAACUGCAGACAGUCUGAGUCCAGUGGAGAAGAAGGCCUUAUCCAACAAUCGGAGGAUUCAGGCUCAGAACAACGUGCCGGCGGACUUCCCGGCUUUUGUGCGGCAGGGGUAUGACAUCAAGAUUAUGGCGGAUGACUACACAAUUGACGACAAGGGACUCAUUUACAAGGAUUUUGAGGCGGGCAGUGGAGCACAGCCUGUGGAUGGCGAGGAGGUGACCUUUGACUAUGUGGCCUACAACGAGAACGGCAGCCGCAUAGACAGCUCCUACAACAAAGGCCGGCCGGCCUCAACCCGCCUUGGCAUCAAUGGUCUCAUACCUGGGUUCGAGAUGGGCAUCAAGAGCAUGCAGGUGGGGGGCAGGCGCAGGAUAGUGGUCUCUCCAGAACUGGGGCCCCCUGUUGGGCCCUCAACGUUCUUCAGUGCCAAGCAGUGCGAGGUGUUUGAUGUGCAGCUCAGGGCUGUGCGCCAGUGCAGAAGAAGGCAAGUUGCCAUGUUCUCUGAUGUUGUCUGUGAGUAG